CAGAGGGGGGGGUUUAGGACUAAUUAGUUUAUGAAUAAUUUGUGCUAAGUCAACAGGUGACUACAUUUCCAAAGUUGCCCUGUGAGACACACGUGAGUGUGAAAAGCGAGGCCAGCGGAAAUGCAGGGCAGCGGUCCUUGUUCGCCCUCCUCGCCUCGCCAAGCGACUCGGACCAGGCUACAAGAAGCGGACACACGUGUGCUGCGAGGGGACUGAGCUUUAGGGGGAAACCUGCAGUGUAAUCUACACCACCUGUGUGCUUCCCGGCCGCUGCUGCUGUGUAUUACUGUGGCUACAGUCGCUAUGACAGGCUCAGCAGAGGUCAUUUGCAUAGUUUAUGACUCGGGGUAAAAGGAGAUGUCGAGCAUUACAGGUAGGCAGGGAGUGUGCGUGGGAGAAAGAGGUUGUAAAAAAGUGUGGCUUUUUGUGGCGUGAGAGCCAACUGCUUCAUCAAAUCCAUAAUCCAUCUGUCGGUCCUGAGAUGUGCUGAUGGGUGGAAGCCAAACGGCUCGGAGGGUUUAUUAAGUGGGCCAGUUGCCAUAGCGACGCUUUGGCAGGAUAUUGCCAGGAUAAGCCGUAAUGGGUCUCCUGACGCAGUUCACUCUGCUCCUGUGGAAGAACUUCACUCUCCGGAAGAGACAAAAGGUGCGGCUGGUCAUCGAGAUUAUAUGGCCUCUGUUUCUCUUCUUCAUACUGGUGUGGGUGCGGUCCACCAAUAAACCAUUUUACAAAGGCCAAUGUCACUAUCCAAAUAAAGCCAUGCCAUCGGCUGGUGUGCUGCCCUGGCUUCAAGGUAUGAUUUGUAACAUCGACAAUCCUUGUUUGAGCUAUCCAACGCCAGGAGAGACACCAGGCCAAGUCAACAACUUCAACAGCUCCAUAAUUGCUGGGAUAUUGAUAGAAUUCCAAACCCUCCUGGUGAACAGAUCUAUUCUCAGCAAGGCGCAAUUGCUAGCCGAUGACAUCAACCAGUGGACUUCAGUCAUGUCACAGGCUAAUCCCGCUAAUGCUCAACCAGUGAUCCUAAGAAGUAUUCUGAGAGACAAUGAGACUUUCUCCAUUCAUCUGAAAGACAAUCUGUCAGCGCCACCAGCAGUGGUCCAAAGCCUCAUGAAUGCUGAGAUUAAGCUCAAUUCAAUGAUAGGCAUCCCAAGGCCAGGCAACCUGAGGAGCAUCUUGUGUGAGGGGACAAAUCUGGAUCAGUAUGUCCAAUUUAGCAGCCAAGCCGAACAGGAGGCUUUUCAAAAUGUCAGCUGCUCCCUCACUCCACAGCAGCUGAUUAACACCCAGCAAGUCCUCCUGCAAAAUCUGGAUGCGAGGAAAGUGCUUUCCGAGUUACCUUCAGCUUUGGAUCUGAAUGCAGCAGACACAGCGACAUUGCUGGGGAAAAUCACUCAAGAUGCAUUACCUGUGCUUGAGGAGGUCACCCGGUUGCAGAACUCCAUGAUCUUUAAGGCUGCUACUGAAUUGGAUUUUCAAAGUGACAUGUUUGGCAGUAUGAAUAUGCUGCUGUGUGAAAGGCAGUCUGACUUCAAUUCCACCAAUAUGUCCAUCAAUUUACGUCCACCUCGACAGCUGGCUAACAGCAAUCAAACCUUUUUUGUGGGCAACAAUUCCGAUGCUUUUUGUCAAUCGCUUGUUGCCACCCUGGAGAACACACCUGGUCUGCGCUACAUCUGGAGCGCCUUCAAGCCGUUAGUGCGGGGGAAAGUCCUCUAUGCACCUGAUACACCUGCUGCUCGCCUGCUGGUGAAAGAGGCAAAUAGCACAUUCCACGCCUUGGCUACGCUCAAAGAACUCGUUGAUUUGUGGGAUGAACUUGGGCCACGUGUCUGGGAUUUCCUUGAGAAUAGCUCUCAAGUCAAUGCAAUACGGGCUUUGCUGGCAGAUCCAGUGUUUGCUGCGCUCCUCAACCAGCGUCUCAGCGGCACAGUGUGGACAGCCGAGCUGCUGUCCAACUUCCUGUACAAUGGGCCUCCAGAGGAUCGUCCACCUGGCAUGCCGCCUUACGACUGGCGGAAUGUUUACAACGCCACCACCCAAACCCUGAAGCUCCUCUCCAGCUUCCUUGGUUGUCUAGACCUGAAUAAGUUCGAGGCGGUCCCAACUGAAGGCCAACUGGUGGACAAAGCACUAGAGCUUCUGACGAACGAUACUUACUGGGCCGGUGUUGUUUUUGAAAACCUCCAGCCGGACUCCAGCCAACCUCCACCUUAUGUCAAAUACAAAAUUCGCAUGGACAUCGAUGAGGUAGAGCGUACAAGUAAAGUGAAAGAAAGGUUAUGGUUUCCCGGGGCCCGAGACAACCCCUUUAACGACCUACGCUAUAUAUGGGGAGGCUUUGCCUACCUGCAGGAUAUGAUGGACCAUGCCAUUAUACAAGUGCAAACGUCAACGACCCAACCCCUUGGUGUUUUUGCCCAACAAAUGCCAUACCCUUGCUUUGUGGAUGACGGGUUCCUCCGGACUUUGGCACGCUCCCUCCCGUUAUACAUGACUUUAGCCUGGAUCUACUCAGUGGCCAUGAUCGUUAAGGCCAUUGUCGCAGAGAAGGAGGCCAGGCUUAAGGAGACAGUGAGGAUCAUGGGCCUGAGAAGUGGCAUCUAUUGGCUGAGCUGGGCAGCGUCCAGUGUGCUGCCGCUGGCCAUCAGCGCUCUCCUCCUUACUGUUAUCCUGAAGUAUGGCAAAGUGCUACAAUACAGCGACCCUUCAGUAAUCUUUGUCUUCCUGCUGGCGUUCUGCCUGGCCACCAUCACUCAGUGCUUCUUCAUUAGCGUCUUCUUCUCGAAGGCCAACUUAGCAGCAGCAUGUGGUGGCCUCAUCUACUUUGUCCUCUACCUGCCGCACAUCCUCUGCUACGCCUGGAGCGACGUCAUGGGUUUCCCGGCCAAGGUUGUUGUGAGUUUGCUGUCAUGUGUGGCCUUUGGCUAUGGCUGCGAGAACUUUGCCAAAUACGAGCAGCAAGGCAUUGGUAUUCAGUGGUACAACAUUCAUAAGAGUCCAGAAGAGGGAGAACGCUACACUUUCAUCGUGUCCAUCAUCAUGCUGCUCCUUGAUGCCGUCAUAUACUGGGUGCUCACCUGGUACAUUGAGAAUGUAUUUCCAGGACAGUAUGGAAUCCCUAAGCCUUGGUACUUCCCUUUCACUUCAUCUUAUUGGUGUGGGACAGCCUCAGCAACUGACACUGACCCCGACUUGCUGAAGGACUCCGGAGCACAAAGAGAGUACCUGGAGAAACCACCACCCAACAUAAAGGCAGGAGUCUCUAUCCGUAAUCUUUUUAAAAUCUACAAGACUGGAAAGAAGCUUGCUGUGGAUGGACUGAGCAUGGACUUCUAUGAAAACCAGAUCACAUCUUUUCUUGGCCACAAUGGAGCUGGAAAAACAACCACAAUGUCAAUUCUGACAGGACUGUUCCCACCCACAUCAGGAACAGCUCUCAUCAACGGAUAUGACAUCCGCACGGACAUGGACGGCAUCCGAAAGUACAUGGGAAUGUGCCCACAGCACAACGUCUUAUUCAACGAGCUGACGGUGGAGGAGCAUAUCUAUUUCUACGCCAGGCUGAAAGGACGCAGUCGUGACGAGGUGAAAGCCGAGAUGGACCAGAUGAUUAAGGAUGUUGGUUUACCACAUAAGAGGAAGGACCUUGCUAAGAAUCUGUCAGGUGGGAUGCAGAGGAAGCUGUCUGUGGCCAUAGCUUUUGUCGGAGGCUCAAAAAUCGUCAUCUUAGACGAACCUACAGCAGGAGUGGACCCCUAUGCCCGUAGGGGUAUCUGGGAACUGCUGUUAAAGUACAAACAAGGCCGCACCAUCAUUUUGUCCACACAUCACAUGGAUGAGGCAGACAUCUUAGGUGAUCGCAUUGCCAUCAUCUCCCACGGCAAGUUGCGCUGUUGUGGCUCCUCACUCUUUCUAAAGAAAUGUUUUGGCAGCGGCUACUACCUCACUCUGGUCCGAGAUGGGAACGAGAAGAUGACGGCUCAGCGGCGUGGUAUCAUACACACUCAGUCCAAAGAGGAGAAAUGCUGUCCUUCAAGGAGAAGCAGCGUGGAUGAUGGCAUCGGCAGCCAGAGCUGGAGCAACUCUGAUCCCUCAGAUUUGACAGCUGUAGGUCAGCUUGUGCGGCGCCACGUCCCUGAGGCGGUCUUCUUGGAGAGCAUCGGUCAGGAGAUCACCUACAUACUGCCUUAUAGUGGAGCCAGAGAUGGGACCUUUGCUCCGCUCUUCCAAGAGCUCGACCUGGCCAUGUCUGACCUCGGCCUGACCAGCUACGGCAUAUCUGACACCGCGCUGGAGGAGAUAUUUCUUAAAGUUGCAGAAGAUACUGGAGUGGAUGCGGAAAUACCAAGGAAUAUUAUGGCGUCGUGCAGGGCAGCAGCAGAGGAGCUGUUGGUGAGAGACUGCAAAAGAAACUCCCGCGCAUCCAAGCGGAACAGCAUCGCCAGCGUCCACAUUAAAACUGAACAAAUCUCUGGGAUGAAUGAACUGAAGGAAAAGUUCAGAAAUAAAGUAGAAGACUUAAAAAAGAAUGCCAGUGUCAGUGGGAAGGGAUCCAGGGUCAUCACCGGAUGGGAGCUGAUCAGGAGGCAGUUCCUGGCGCUCUUUAUCAAGCGCUUCCACUACGCCCGAAGGAGCCGCAAGGGACUCAUUGCCCAGGUGGUCUUGCCUGCUGUUUUUGUGUGCCUGUCUCUGAUCUUCUCGCUCAUCGUCCCGCCAUUCACUGAGUUUCCGAGUCUGGAGCUGCAACCCUGGAUGUACGGUCUGCCUCAAACCACCUUUUUCAGCAAUGAUGGGCCAGAUAAUGCAGAAGUGUCUCGGGUGGUGGAAACCUUGGUGAACUCACCUGGCUUUGGGACUCGCUGCAUGAUUGGAAACCCUAUCCCGAAAUUACCUUGUUCUCCUAGUGGCUCUGAUUGGUUCACUCCACCCGUUGAUCCAUCUGUCCUUGACAUCUUCCUCAACGGGAACUGGACCAUGUCUAAUCCCUCCCCUUCCUGUCAGUGCAGCACACCAAAACGGGCAAUCAUGUUACCUGACUGUCCACCUGCUGCAGGAGGGCUCCCUCCACCACAGAGGAUCCAAAACACAACAGACACACUGUUGGAUUUAACUGGUCGGAACAUGACAGACUUCUUGGUCAAGACGUAUGAACGCUCGGGUAAAACAAGGUACGGGGGGUUCUCCGUCGGGGAAGUCAACUCCCAAGUUCUUCUGACUGAGGCAGGCAUCAACGCCACAUUCGGGGAACUGGAAAACCUAUUCAGUUCACUUUUUCAGGAUAAUGUGACUGAUCAGAUCUUCCCGAAGGCUGAGAUGCUGCUGAAGAAGCUGGGAACGAGGGACAACAUAAAGGUAUGGUUCUACAACCGGGCAUGGCACGGUAUUGUGUCCUUCCUCAGUGUGGCAAACAACGCCAUCCUGAGGGGAAAUCUGCCGGCAGGACAGGACCCCCGCCGGUAUGGCAUCUCUGUGUCCAAUCAUCCCCUCAACCUCACCAAGGAGCAGCUCUCCUAUGCUGCCAUGGCCGCAACCUCCACCGAUGUGGUGGUGUCCAUCUGUGUUAUCUUUGCCAUGUCCUUCAUCCCUGCCAGCUUUGUCCUCUUCCUCAUCCAAGAGAGGGUGAACAAAGCCAAGCAUCUGCAAUUUGUCAGUGGAGUAAACCCAGCUGUCUACUGGUUGGCCAAUUUUGCCUGGGACAUGUGUAACUACAUCAUCCCCUGCAUGAUCGUGAUCUUCAUCUUCCUCUGCUUCCAACAAAAAGCUUACGUUUCACCUGCUAACCUGCCAGCUUUGAUUCUGCUGCUCAUCUUUUAUGGGUGGUCCAUCACCCCCAUGAUGUACCCCGCCUCCUUCAUCUUCAGCGUGCCCAGCACAGCCUACGUGGUGCUGACCUGCAUCAACCUCUUCAUUGGUAUUAACGGCAGCGUGGCCACUUUUGUUAUGGAGCUCUUUGACGAUGAUAAUGUCGCUCGCAUCAACGACAUCGUGAAGCAGGUGCUGCUCAUAUUCCCGCAUUUCUGUCUGGGUAGAGGGCUAAUUGACAUGGCUAGGAACCAGGCAAUGGGCACCCUCUUCAGCAGUUUUGGGGAAGACCGUUUCAAGGACCCACUCAGCUGGGAAAUGGUGGGAAAGAACCUUUGUGCCAUGUCCAUCGAGGGAGUUGUCAUGUUCACCAUCACAAUCCUCAUCCAGUAUAAGUUCUUCUGCAAACCAAGGCUUAUUUCAGCGAAGUCGGUAUCUUCAGAGGAAGAGGAUAUCGAUGUUGCUCAAGAACGCAAGCGGGUGUACGAAGGCAACGCCCAGGAUGACCUUCUGAGGAUCUGUGAUCUCACUAAGGUGUACCCUCGGAAGAGCACUCCUGCUGUGGACAGGCUAUGUGUGGGCGUACCUGCCGCAGAGUGUUUCGGGUUGCUGGGAAUCAACGGGGCUGGGAAAACCACCACCUUCAAGAUGCUGACAGGAGACAUCCCAGUCUCCAGCGGAGAGGCCUUCCUAAAUGGAUACAGCAUACGAACAGAAAUGAGGCUCGUGCACCAAAACUUGGGCUACUGUCCCCAGUUUGAUGCUAUUGAUGAGCUACUGACUGGACAAGAGCAUCUGGAGUUUUACGCCAGGUUACGAGGGGUGCCAGAAGACGAGAUCACCAUGGUGGCUGAGUGGGGGAUCCAAAAGUUGGGGCUCGUCAAAUAUUCCAACAAGUCAGCAGGAACCUACAGCGGUGGGAACAAACGCAAACUGUCUACAGCAAUUGCCCUCAUCGGUUGUCCUCCUGUGAUUUUCCUGGAUGAACCAACCACUGGGAUGGACCCCAAAGCCCGUCGCUUCCUGUGGGACUGCAUCCUGAGUAUAAUCAAAGAGGGACGCUCCGUUAUUCUCACAUCACACAGUAUGGAGGAGUGUGAAGCACUGUGCACACGCAUGGCCAUCAUGGUAAACGGCCGCUUCAAGUGUUUAGGGAGCAUCCAGCAUCUGAAAAGCAGGUUUGGUGAUGGUUACACAGUGAUUGUAAGGGUUGGUGGUUCUCCUCCUGCGUUGACACCAGUCGAGGACUUCGUCCAGCGGACCUUCCCUGGAAGCGUCCUGAAGGAGAAGCAUCACAACACACUGCAAUAUCAGUUCCCAUACGCACAAGGAGCUUUGGCCAGCAUUUUUGGCCAGUUCACCAGCCAUCGGCAACAGCUGGGUAUAGAAGACUACUCCGUGUCUCAGACUACACUGGAUCAGGUCUUUGUGAAUUUUGCAAGGCACCAGCAUGCGGAGAACGACUCUCGGGCCUACGAAAACCCAGUGGACACCUCGGAUGAGCUACCGUUGCGUUCUGUGAAGACCUCACAAGAAGCAGAGAUGGCAUAGGAAAAAAGGGAAAGCGUAACACAUUGCACUUAGAGUGAACCGGCAAUCUACCUCAAACAAGUUUGAAUGAGUGUGAUUUGUACCAGAAUGAUGGGUCCACAAACAAAACCAAGUGCAAUUUUUGACUUUAAUCACCAUGUUUUUCUUAGGCUAGCCUCCCAAACUUUCUGCACUUCCUUGUUCAGUCCCAGUGCAAACCAGUGACCAGUGUUGGUCAAAAACAGCUUAACCAUCUUAACCCUAUUGAACUAGAAUUCAAAGAAUAAAUUUAAAAUUAAAUGACGAGAUGCCGAGUUCAAGUGAGUUUACAC